GUCUUGAGUGGUGUAAUCCCUAGAAUCGUUGGUCGCUGUCCUGGGAUGCUGGUGUGCAACUUGUGUGAUGUGGCUUGGUAGUGUUAGUUACAGGCACCUCAAGGCAGGCAGGCACGUAAUUUUGGAGGGGGGUACAGGGUAUCAUAAGUUCGAGGUGGGGGUGAAGGUGGCGUGCAUGUGUAAGUAGGAAUUUGUUUUUGCAAAGUAAAGACGUUUAUGGGCAUUUUCAAGCUGAUAUAUAAAACAGCUCCCCUCUAGUACCCCAGAAAUUGUGGCCCUGGCAGGAGGGGGUGCCAUUUGACAUAAGGCAGGCCCUGCUGGCAGCCCAAAGUCUUGGUGAUUCUCUACUGUGACAGUCACAUACGUCAGCCUGUUACACGUGUGCACAGCUCUUAGGAACAUGCUGAUGUACAGGUAGCAGAUGAUGUCUCUGAACAACAGUGUGCGAGUGUCCGGCGAGGAGCCUGACCCCGGCCGGGAGGAGAGGUCAGGGCGAGUCAGGGAGGUGGGCAGCCAGGCCGUGUGGUCACUCUCCUCGUGCAAACCAGGCUUUGGGGUGGAGCAGCUUCGGGACGACUGCCUGGACACGUACUGGCAGUCUGACGGGCCCCAGCCUCACCUCGUCAACAUACAGUUCCGCCGCAAGACCACUAUUCAGGACGUGUGGAUCUAUGCCGACUACAAGGCGGACGAAAGCUACACACCCAGCAGGAUCUCCAUACGCUGCGGGACCCACUUCAACGACCUGCAGGAAAUCGAGGUUGUGGACUUGCACGAGCCUAGUGGGUGGUUGCUCAUACCCCUCAAGGACAUCCAGGAGAGGCCCAUCCGCACGUACAUGGUCCAGAUCGCCGUGCUGUCCAACCACCAGAACGGCCGCGACACACACAUGCGGCAGAUCAAGAUACACUCACCCUUCGUAAGCACAGUGGUGGCGGUGGAGUGUGUGGGUACGUUCACGUCGCCGAUCUUCAAGCGCUACAGUGUGAUACGAUGAUGGCGAGUGAGUAUGUGUGUGUGUGUGUGUGUGUGUGAGAGUGAAUGAGAGAGACAGAUAGAUAAUAGAUAGGACUUUGCUGUUAGUGUAAAUAUGAUGUACAGCAGUUUUUUUGAUUGUGUCCAAGUGAGUGAGUGACUUAGAUCAAAAGGAUAGGAUGUUAUUUUCCCGUUUUUUAUUCAUCGUUUCACUCCAUUUUUCAUUUCAUUGCCGAGGUCGUUCAUGUUCACAGCAAGUCUUGAGGGUAUGGACACACACACACAUACACACACAAAACGCUUUCUUUUUCCAUUAUUUCACUCCAUUUUUCAUUCCAUUGUCAAGGUCUUUCAUUCACACGCACAAAAUACUUUCUUCUUUAUUCUCAAAACCUCAAAAUGUCGUGCUACAGUAACAGAUAAACUAAUACUGUCUUAUCUACAAAGUUAUACAUCAAGUCAUUGCACGUAAGCUUCACAUCUCAUCGCCAGUUCCUGUAUAAAAACAUAACCUGCAUAUUUUCCUAUAGUACAUGGGAAUAUUUUUAAAGAUAUGAGACCAGUAACACACACACACACACACACCAUGACAACACAGGCAGGACUCGCUCACUCUCCGCACCCAAAACCAGCAAUAGAUACAAAAUAAAUACACACACACAAUAUGACACUCAGGCAUGUCAAACAGAGACAAGGUUCACAGACAAAGGGUAACAACAGCUCAUUCUCACUAAACAAAAUACACUUUCAUGACCAUUUUACCUCUUUUUUUUUUAGCCUUUAUAAACCUUGUCAAGCUCAAAUAAGUUCACCCAGGCAACAUCACACACUUUACCUUCAUUAUCAAUUGUCUUUCUCCUUUCACACUUGUACAGUUCAAUUUCUGGUCCUCUGUUCACCUCACACACCAGCCUCAUUUCCAUCCAUUCAACCCUCAUUGGGACUUCACUAACCAGGUAUACGGUGGAAGGACCUUGUGUUAUAUGUGAAAGUGGAUGUUUAUGUUAAUGUCUGCAGCUUCUUCUCUUCCUUCUCCCUCUUCCUCCCUCCCUUUAACUCCUUUCUCCCUGCAACUUCUUCCCUGCCUUCUUUUUUCUCUUCUCCCUGCAACUUCUUCCCUCCCUUCCUUCUCCCUUCUCCCUGCAUCUUCUUCCCUCUUCCUCCCUUUAACUCCUUUCUCCCUUCUCCCUGUAUCUUCUUCCCUCCCUUCCUUCUCCCUUUAACUCCUUUCUCUCUUCUCCUUGCAUCUUCUUCCCUCCCUUCCUUCUCUCUUCUCCCUGCAACUUCUUCCCUCUUCCUCCCUUUAACUCCUUUCUCCCUUCUCCUUGCAUCUUCUUCCCUCCCUUCCUUCUCCCUUUAACUCCUUUCUCCCUCCUCCCUGCAACUUCCUCCCUCCCUUCCUUCUCCCAUGCCAUGGAAGACCAAUGAAUUAGAAACAUCGUAUUGCAUUUUAGGUUUUUAUUUGUACAAGUAUACUUUAUAAAAUCUCAGUUCAAGUUGGUGUCUGCUUCAUCAGGUCAGGUCAGGUCAGGUUGGGUUAGGAUGAUGUGUGGUAGCAUUCAUUCUAUGGGUUAGCGUAUGAUGGUGCUACGUUUUAGAGAGAGUGAGAGAGUGUGAGUGAAGAGUAGGAGUGGAGAGACUUGAUGAGGAUAAGAGAGAGCAAGAACAAGAAUGAGAAGAAAGUUAAGAAAGAGGGAGGAGGAGGAGAAGAACAAGAAGAGGAACAGCAAUUAGAUGAAGAAGA